AUGGUCUUCCCUCGUCCUGAUGAGCGAAAACAAUCCCCGUCAGGUGACCGACAUGGCCUUGUAGUCGCUUCCAGCCAAGUCCGCCUACAGCCAUCGGUCGGAGAUGGAUACGCUUCGUCGGUGACGGAUACCAAGAAGAGCUUGUUGCGGUCAGACUUGGGUAGUGGAAGUGUCGGCCUGUACAAGUCCAUUUGCGGGGAAUUGGAACGAGACCACGUGCCAAGAGAAGAGUCUGGCCCAGCCCGUAGCGACGAGGAGGAAAGCGGCUCUUUCACGGCGAAGAUCCGCGGGCUGGAAUGCGCCAAUCAUAAAUUGAAGGACGAGCUUGACCGCCACAGCAUCCAUCUUCAAGGGUCCCUCGGCGAGGUUCGCACAUUGCAAGGAAACAUCCGUCGGCUUCAGGACGAGUUGGACAGUAGUUCAUCUCGAGAAACUCACCUAGAAGACGAGUUGGUUCGUGUCACAAAUGGGAUCACCGAAGCUAUGCGGGUUUUGCAGGAUUAUCAAGCCAAAGAGUGGAGCAGGCCAAAGUUGCACGAAGGCAGACGACGUGAAUCUGGUGAUAGCAAAGACAGCAAGGUGCUUGGAAUACCGCAGUUUCCGUACGCGACGAAGUGGCUUGACUGA